AUGGCCAGAAAACUAAAGGGUAAAAGCUCAUCGAAGGGGCUCAAAGGUGCAUUACUGAGGCAUCAAGAGAUUGAAAAGAAGACCAUCAAACUUAAAAAGAGACAACAACAUGAGCUAGCGAAGGGUAAACCCACAAAACAACCCGAAAGGCAAAGAGAACUACAGAAGGAGAGAGGUUCAGGGUUUAUACCGUUUAAAAAGGAUUCUACCGUUCUGCUUGUGGGUGAAGGUGAUUUUUCUUUCGCUAAGAGCAUCAUCGAAGAAGGAUAUGUUGCACCAGAGAAGUUGGUUGUAACCAGUUACGAUAGUGGUGUAAAGGAGCUACAGCUCAAAUAUCCAAAUAGCUUUGACGAGAACUAUAACUUUUUGAAGGAAAACAACGUUACGGUUCUAUUUGGAGUUGACGCAACAAACCUUAUCAAGACGAUGAAAAUCACAAAGAAGACGCCAUGGCACAAAGUUGCUGGGAGUCAAUGGGCUUCCACAAAACUCGAAUUCAUUGUCUUCAACUUCCCACACACAGGUCGUGGGAUCAAGGACCAAGAUAGAAAUAUUUUCGAGCACCAGCAAUUAAUGCACAAAUACUUUGCUAGUUGUAAACAAUUAUUCCAACUUGUGAACAAUAAUCAACAGGGCAAAGCAUCCACAGAGUCUAUGGGUGGUUACUUAACUAAUUCAGAUGCAAAUGUGGAUGAUAAAGGAUUUGGUAAAGUCUGUCUUUCGUUGUUUACUGGGGAACCUUAUGAUUCCUGGCAAAUAAAAAUCCUAGCUAAGGAUAAUGGUUGGAAAGUCCAAGAGUCAGGCAAGUUUGAUUGGAACAAAUUCCCUGCAUAUCGUCAUAGAAGAACUAACAAUGAGAUGACAACUACAAAGCCAGCAGAACAGAGAGACGCCAGAAUGUACGUAUUUGAAAUGUUCAACAAGCGCAAACACUCCAAAAAGCCUUUGAAAGGGGACGAUAGCGAUUCAGAUUAA